AUGGAGAUGCGAGCUUUCCUGCACUCGAGGGAGAAGCAGCCGUUGCAUUUGCGGCGGAAGCAACAGGACCGCUACGCGGGCCUCCUUUUGCAGACCACGAUCGAGGCCCAGCUCCGAAAGGGCCUGGUCUUCGGCCAGGACGUGAAUGUCGCCAGGUGUGCGCCUGACGGCAGCCAAAUUAUGUUGAAUGGCCAGGGCCGGGCAGAUCCAAAGAAGAUCGCCCGGCAGGUCGCAGACGGGUGCUCCGUCCAGGUCGUUCACCCGCAGCGCUUUUCGACGCCGGUGGCUGAACUCCUCAAGCGGCUUGAGGCUCACUUUGGCUGUCUCUGGGGUGCCAACAGCUUCCGGACGCCGCCUGGGAGCAUGGGAUUCAAGGCACACCACGAUGAGGUCGAGGUCUUCAUGCUGCAGCUGGAGGGCGCCAAGCGCUGGCGCCUCCAUCGCUGUCCAAAGGGCCCACUGCCUCGAAGCUACUGCUGGGACUACAAAGAGGAGGAGCUGGGCCCUCCCUUCAUGGAGCUCGUCCUCGAAGCCGGGGACCUCCUUUACCUGCCCCGGGGCACAGUGCACAAGGGCAUCGCGAUGGAGGACCGGCCGUCCCACCACCUCACCAUCUCCACCUAUCAGAGGUUUUGCUGGGCCGAUCUUUUGGAGAAGGCUCUUCCGGCGGCCCUAGAGGCUGCAGCGGCCCAGGAGCCUCGCUAUCGCCGUGGUCUUCCACUCCGCUGCCUAGGGGAGCUUGGGAUGCAGUACCGACCCAAGCCUGGCGUGCCCGCAAAUGCAGAACGCCAGGCCUGCAUCACGGAGUUCCGUUCGCUGCUGGCGGGCCUUGCGGAUCAUGCGCCUGCGGCUGCGGAUGCCGCCGGAGACUUCCUGGCCGCGCAGUUCGUCGGCCGGCGCCUUCCGCCAGCUGCGACCCAGAAGGGCCCGGCACCGUCUGCGGGCGCGGCGGUGGAAGUGCGCUGGGCCGAGCCUACGGCGGUGCGUGUGGUGGUCGAGAGCUCGCCUGGUCGCGAGCCAGAGGUGCAGAUCUACCACGCCUUGGAAAAUUCGGCGGAGAAGCACAUGACACCUGGAGUUGAGCCGUCUCCUGCGUGCAUCGUGCUGGAAGGCCAGCAAUGGCUUCCGUCCCUCCAGGCAUUGAACACGGCUUCUUUGGGUGCCUGGAUUUCUGACUCCGCACUGGACCCGGAGCUUCUGCAAGGGCUUUGGGAGCACGGCCUGUUAGAGACGCGCCUGGCGGAGACUCUGGUCGCGCAGUCUCCGACUGCACCCAGAAAGCGCAAGGCCGCCGGCGCCGUCGUCGGUCGUCCGGGCCACCGUCUUUUCCUACUGCGCAGAGCGAAGCGGCAUCGUCAGAGCGACAGCUACAAGGGCCUCGAUGUGCCCAAGCUGCCGGAGGGCCUCGAUGCGCUCACCCUGCGCGAGGCAGAGGCAUUUCUGGCCAACUACAAGCUGGCGUCCGCAUGGCUGCGACGGGUGCAGCUUCGUGAGAAACUCCUGGCAGGCGGCGUCGUGAGGAUACCGAAGAUUCUGCCCGACAGCGUCGCGCAGCUGGCUCUGAGGACGCUGCAGGAGAUGCCCCAUGAGUCCUGGAAUCUCACACAGGCCAACCGCGACGCCUCGAGGAACAACGUGGCGCACCGCUUCGCCUCCCGACGCUUCGGCUCGGAGACCCUCACCCACCUCUUCCGUGUCCUUGGUGAACUUCUUCCAGGUGAGCUGAACUCCUUCUCUGCAGGACGGUAUCUGCAGGGAGAUCACAUCGAGAGGCACGACGACCGCCAGUACACCGAUGUGCGCAUGGAGGAUGGAUCCACGGUGCUUUGCUCCCGGACGGUCGCGGUCAUCUGGUAUCUGACGCCCGACUGGCGCAAGGUCUGA